AUGUUAAGUGGACCCAGCUUGAAUCAGAAGAUCACUAGUGCUCUCUUGCAUUUGCGUUUUGAUAGUUAUUUGUUCUGUUUUGAUAUUAAAAAGGCAUUUUUGAAUAUAUGCUUAUUACCACAAGAUUCUAUUAAACUUUUGUUUCUCUGGUACCGAAAUAUAAGCAAAGGCGACUACACCAUUGUCGGAUAUCAGUCAAAGCGUCUCCCAUUUGGUCUUGUCUGCUCCCCAUGCUUGUUGUUAUUGGGCUUAUAUAAAAUUUUGAUGCUCGAUACCGAGGGGGAUUCCAGUGAAGUGAAAGAACUUAAGAGACACAUUUAUGCUCUUCUUUAUAUGGACAAUGGAGCGAUAAGUGCAAAUGAUUCCAGUAAAUUGAAAUGGUCUAUUGAUAGGUUAGGUUUAAUAUUUGAGCCAUAUAAGUUUUAUUUACAGCAAUAUGUGACAAAUAACACUGAUAUUCAAGCUGAUAUUGACAAAGAUAAGGAAGAGAAGACUCCAGAUGAGGUGAAACUUUUGGGCCUUCAAUGGAAUCGAAUAAAAGAUCAUUUGUUAACGAAACCACUAAAACUAGACUGUAAAGCCACUACAAAGAGACUUAUUUUGAAAUCGAUAGCAUCACACUAA